GCCACUGGUUCACUGACAGCCGGAGCUGGGUAAUUUCUGGAACUAAAACCCUGAAAAAACCCAAGAAAGAUGCGGAGAGCUUUAUCUCUCUGUCUUCGCAAUCUCCACCAAUCUCCCCACCUCAAACUAUACCCUAACAAUCUGAACCACCCCAAAAAGCUCAGAUUUUUCUCUUCUUCCUCAGAAACUGGAAAUGAUUCCUCUAACCAAACGACCCCUGAUCCGAACCCAACCCCACAACCCGACGAGAAAGAGCUCGCGCUUGAAGAUGUCGAUAACAAAGAGCUGAAGCUGCGGAUAGAUGAUUAUUUCAAGAAAGGGAAUGAAGAGGCACUGCCAUCGAUCUUUGAAGCGAUCUUACAGAGGAGGUUGACUGGGAAGCAUGAGGAAACAGAUGAUGAAGUGAUGAGUGAAUUAGAAAUGCAACCACUUGAUGACGUAAAGGACCGAGAUUUUGAAUCAGAUUUUGAGGAGGUCUAUGAGACUGAUGAGGAGAUUGAAGACUUGUACAAUGCAAGGGAUAUUGUGACAAAGAGGAUGGUUCAAGAUGAGUAUUUCAAUAUGGAUGACAGGAAAUGGGAUGACAUGGUUAGAGAGGCAACUGAGAAGGGUUAUCUCAAGGAUACAAAGGAGUGUGAGGAGAUACUAGAGGAUAUGCUUAACUGGGACAAGCUUCUACCAGACGAGAUUAAGCAGAAGGUGGAAAAGAAAUUUGAUGAGAUAGGAGCUAGGGUUGAAAAUGGUGAACUUGAAGUUGAAGAAGGUUAUGCUCUGUUCAAGGAGUACGAGGACCAGAUGGUCAUGGAAUGUGCUAAACUAAUGGAGGCAGAGGCUCCACAGUUUGAUGACAGUACUGUGCCUGAUAAGAAGAAGGAUUUGGAUGAUCCACCUGGUGAGGGUCCGAUUCUUAGGUGGCAAACACGUGUGGUCUUCGCUCCAGGGGGUGAUGCAUGGCACCCAAAAAAUCGCAAAGUGAAAUUGGCUGUUACUGUGAAAGAGCUUGGGCUGUCAAAGCAUCAGUUCCGCCGUCUCAGAGAACUGGUUGGAAAGCGGUACCAUCCAGGCAAAGAUGAGCUCACUAUAACCAGUGAGAGGUUUGAGCAUCGGGAAGAGAACAGAAAGGAUUGUCUCAGGACACUGCUUUCUUUAAUUGAGGAGGCUGGGAAGGCAAACAAGCUGGUAGACGAUGCUCGAACUUCAUAUUUGAAGGAGAGACUUAGAUCUAAUCCACAUUUCAUGGGGAGGUUAAACGCGAAGAUUACGAGAAAAGGGGAAUUGAGCCUAUCAUCUGCAUGAAACAGAUUGUCUCGACAAUGCACUGGCUUUGAAGUUUCAAGUUAAAGAUGGACAAUGGCUUCUGCUCCUAGUCUUUGCAUUACUUAUGUGGGAAGCUUUUGAACAGGAAUUUUCGAGCAUUGUCUCUUUUUGUUAGCUAUUUUUUCAGCCCCUCGUGGCUAAUUUGUUUGGAAGAAGACUGAAGGGAGACUUGGUCCCUAACGUGCCUGUUGAAGUGAAGUUGUCCUCGGGAGCAGGGACGGGUUUUUUCCAAUUGUACAGUAAUGUGCUGUCCUGAGAAUGUCAAUUGGGCCUGGUUCCGUU